CACCGCUACAACGUGUUUUUAUCGCUGGCUGUCCAGACGGAAGGUGCUGAAACGCUUUGUCGCGUGUCUGGAAGAAGUGAAAACUUUCCUGGGCAGCAAAGGGCUCACCUUUCCUGAGCUGGAACAGCCAGAGUGGCUGGAAAAGCUACACUUCAUGGUAGACAUGACAGCGCACCUGAACACGCUGAACACAGCUCUUCAGGGGAAAGGACGUACAGCCCUGCACAUGUUGGAGGAUGUUUUGGCAUUCGAGCGCAAGUUGACAGUGCUUGCCAGAGAUUUACAGAAAGGCACUUUGUCUCACUUCCCCAAUUUGAGAGAGUUCAAACAAGGUCACGACAUGAUAAUUUCGGAGUAUUUACAUUCUGCAAUCAUCGCAAUGCAAACAUCGUUUGGGAAACGCUUCUGUGAGUUCAGAGAGGAAAAAAACACAUUAUCCUUCCCGGUCACUCCCUUAAGCAUCGAUCCUUCCCUACUGAAUACGACUGCAUUGGCAGGUGUGAGUCAACCUGAUCUUGAGAUGGAACUGGCCGACAUAGCCGACAAAGACAUAUGGGUGUCCAAGUUUAGACGCUUGACAGCAGACCUUGAAGAUGUUGCCCGUCAGAAGGCCGUUCUUGCUCAGAAACACAAAUGGAGUGAUAUUGAAAACCUCACAGAUGACAGCUUGCGAUCCUGUGUAAAGAUGAAGGUGACAUCAUACAGCCCUGAUGUGCAGACGCUGUGCGCUGAGGUCCAGGAGCAGAAAUCCCAUUAACCAAGAUGACAGCUGGCUGACGUUAUUUUUGGUUUGCUGCUGGCGGAAAAUUUAAGUUUGGCGUUUUUCAUAAAUACAAGAAGGACUCAAAUAGACAUUGAAUAUUUUACUUAAAAGUAACUUUCAACCCAACGUCUUUUUUUCGGAGUUCAAAAUGUUUUUGUUGCAUGCAGAAAUGUAAUUUCGUUUUCUCUGCAGGAGUUCAUCAAUUUCAUAAAUGCAACACAUUAUAGUUUGUUUAUACAUAGCAUAAAGGCAAAAAAAACGUUGUAUGCAGUGUUAUUUCAUUUUAAAUGUCAAACGGGUUUUGCGGCUCCCAGUGUUUUCUUUUCUGUGGGAAACGGG